GAAACUGCUGUAGCUAUGGGAUUUUUUUUUUGAAUCUGUCAGUGCUAAAAUUGACGGUAUUUUCAGUGCUGAAUUUGACAAAGAUGGCGAAUUUUGUGCAUUGGCUGGUGUGGCGAAGCGUAUCAAGCUGUAUGACUUUCGGGCAGUCCUAGCAAAUCCCACUGCAUAUCAUUAUCCGAUGACACAGAUCCAAUGCGCUGCUAAAAUCAGCAAUGUUUCCUGGAAUCCAUACUGCAAAAAUAUGCUUUCAAAUAGUGAUUACGAUGGAACUGUACAAAUCUGGGACGUUUCUGCUCAACGUUCAAUCAAACGAUAUCAGUGCCUUUGUGGUGACAGGAACACGAAAAGCGAUGUUGGUCAGUACAGUUCAAUAAUGUUGAUUCCCAUUUGA